CAGGUCACGGAAACUUCAGUCACCCAUCCCAAGCCACCAGUUUCUAGUUCCUCUCCCGAUAGAACACCUACAUCAUCUUUGCUUUCUUGGCCAGUGUACCCAUUACCAGAUUCAAGAUGCAGAUUCCUAUCAUCGCAAGUGCGCUCUUGUGCGCCAACAUGGUGCUUGCCGCCCCCGGCACUGCCAUGCGCCGCCAGCGAGCGGCCGACCGCAUUGCUGAGAGAAGACUCGGACGAUCUUCCAACACCAUCCAGCGCGUUGACAGCGAGCUAGGAGUAACUACCAAGAAUGGUACCUCUCACGUCGAGUACAGCUCCAACUGGGCCGGUGCUGUGCUUAUUGGCAGCGGCUACAAGACCGUAACCGGCACCUUCGUCGUCCCCACGCCUAAGGCACCUUCGGGCGGUAGCAGCUCAACGACGUAUUCCGCGUCCGCUUGGGUCGGUAUCGACGGUGAUACUUGCGAGACUGCCAUCUUGCAGACUGGUGUAGACUUCACUGUUCAGGGGUCCUCGGUGUCGUACGAUGCCUGGUACGAGUGGUACCCUGACUAUGCUUACGAUUUCUCUGGCAUUCCCAUUUCGGCUGGUGACACUAUCACCGUGACCGUAACUGCCAGCAGCAAGUCCGCCGGAACGGCCGUCGUCGAGAACGUGACGACUGGCAAAUCUGUCACUCACAGCUUCUCGGGAGAGUCCGACGCACUCUGCCAGACCAACGCCGAAUGGAUUGUCGAGGACUUUGAAAGUGGCGGCAGCCUUGUCAGCUUUGCGGACUUCGGAUCUAUCGAAUUCACUGGCGCAUCUGUUAACGGUGGCACCGGAACUAGUGGUGCAACUAUCAUCGAUAUCGAGCAGAGCGGGAAGGUCUUGACGGACUGCUCAGCUUCCGGAUCCACCGUCAGCUGCUCAUACUCUGGUUAGGUUCGGGUUCCCGAUAGUCAGACUUGGCAGCGUAACCUUCGAAGAUGCGUGACAAUUUAUAAUUCGGGGGUGGCAGGACUGGUUACCAAUUAUGACCUAUUAACUUAGCUUAGGAUUAAAUAUUCCAAGAUACUUAAUUCAGGAAGGUUUCGUCCUCUAGAAGCAUGU